GCGCACUCCGGCUUGAGGUCACGAAACUGGUGGCCGAACAUUCUCCUGCAGGAUGUUCUGGUAAAGAGCAGAAUGCAUGGUUCCAAUCAAUCACAGCAAGUCAUCCAGGUCCUGCGUGCGCAAAGCAGCCCCGGACCAUCACACUACCGCCGCUAUGUUUGACUGCCGGUAUGAUGUUCCUUUUCUGAAAUGCUGUGUUACAUAUACGCCAGAUGUAACGAGACACACACCUUCCAAAACGUUCGACUUUCAUCUCUUCAGUCCAUAGAAUGUUCUCCCAAAGGUCUUUGUUGAUGUUUUUUGUUGUUGAUGUUUUUGUUUUGCAAACGUAAGAUGAGCCUUCAUGUUCUUUUUUGGUCAGCAGUGGUUUUGGCCUUGGAUCUCACCCACGAAUGCCAUUUCUGCGCAGUCUCUUCCUUAUUGUCGAGUCACGAGCACUGACUUUAAUUGGAACAAGGCAGGCCUGCAGUUGUUUAGAUGUUGUCCUGGGUUCGUUUGUGACCUCCCUAUGGUUCGCUGGAGUCCGAAAGUUUUAGAAAUUCCCUUGUAACCCUUUCCAGACUGAUUUCAUUUAAUUUAUACAUGCAUCCUCAAGACCGCUUAUCUUGGUUAGGGUCGCGGGGCGUUGGACAUUGAGAGUAAUAGGUACCUAGCAUAGACCCCAGGGGGAUUGCUUCCAAAAGCCCUUGUUGGCUACAAACCAUAAAGAGCGUGACAAAUAGAACCACUUCAGGGGAAAAAAAUGUGCACGGUCUCGGUUUCUGAGUUGACGGGAACGCCGGCAUCUUGCUGCCCCCGCGUCCCCCCACCACACUCACACACACCUUCCCCCGUCAUGAAAAAACAAAAACUGUCAAACUAUAAUCCGUUAGAAGACCACUAUCACCCGCCCCCUCACCACAAAAUUCUGACUUAUAAACAGGUGUACGGUUUGACACACGCAUCAUCCAUCUUCUAUACAGCCAGUGCUGUCGGCAGCGCAAAAAAGACAACAGUAAAUCGCACACACCAGUCCUGUACAGCGGGUUCCCCCAAGGAGUGUCUCCGGGCAGAUUUCGCUCCAGGCACCAAUCUGGCUGGGGAAGGCUUCGAUAUCACCGAGAUGAAGCGCAAGGGAGCGUUUGUUCUGGACAUGAAUAGGUGGGAACACAAGGACAAAACGUGCACCCUAUGCAACAACCCCUUCCUGGAGAACGCGAAGCAGAAACUUCCCCUAUCUGUGGAGGACUGGAGGGCCAAGCAGUCCUGCAACUCGAAGGUGUCAAGUACCCUUCACCGGUCCAGCGAGGCUCUCGUCAACUCCAUAAGCUCUACUGUGGAAAACAACUGGAAGCACAGUCUGGAAUUGCAUCUUCAGGACUAUGGUGGAAAAUUCAUGCUGGCUGGCACACAGUCAAAAAUUGCCGAGUACGCAAUGGAGAAAACAAAGAGAGACAAGUUCAGCUUCACCAGCCAAAAAAUAACCUGCGAGUACUACAGCUACCGAGUGUCCAGCAAGACUCGACUACGCAGAGAUUUUCAAAAGGCGCUGAAAGAUCUUCCAAAGACCUACAGCCCUCAAUACAAGCAACGGUUUUACAGACUGAUCGACAACUUCGGCACUCAUUACAUCACGAAGGUGAAAUUGGGAGGGUCUAUCCAGGCCGUGACCAGCAUCAAGCAGUGCCAGGCCAGCCUGCGGGACCUCAGCGUGGAGGAGGUGAAUAUGUGCCUGGAGGCCGAGGCUUCCGUCACCAUCAAAGCGACCUACGAAGCUCAGGGCAAACACUGCAAGAAGGACAUCGACAAGACGGAGAGCAAGAAUGCCUUCUCCAGCCUCUUCAAUGACAGGUCCACAGAUAUAAAGGGGGGUCACACCACUGAGAUGGACCUUCUCUUCUCUGCCGAUAAAGACCCAUCUGCCUACAAGGAAUGGCUCAGCACGUUGCAUCGAUAUCCAGACAUCAUUUCGUAUUCCCUGGAGUCUCUGCACGAGCUGCUGCCGAUUAACAGUUCCGUUCGAAAAAACCUGCGCUCGGCCAUAAGUCACUACAUCCUGGAGCGGGCUCUGAUGAGGAACUGCAGCGGGCCCUGUCUGGCAGGCAUCAAGAGCGAGUCCCAGGACCCCUGCGCCUGCCAGUGCCACAACGAACUCGCCGUAAACCUGGACUGCUGCCCCACCCGUAGGGGCAUGGCCCGGGUCAUCAUCACCGUCCAACGGGCCUCGGGUCUUUGGGGUGACCACAGUACAGCCACAGACGGCUACGUAAAGGUGAUUUUCAACAAGCGAGAGCAGCUUUCUCCGGUCAUUUACAACAACAACAACCCGCACUGGGGCACCGUCGUGGAUUUGGGCGCCCAGGACUUGUCAGCGGCCCCUAAAGUCACAUUUGAGGUGUGGGAUCAGGACAGCGGCUGGGAUGACGAUCUUCUGGGAAAAUGUCAGCUCGUACUAACAGCGGGUGCGCAGAUGGACGUGUGCGCCCUGCACGACGGAAAGCUUUUCUACAAAUGGGAAGUGGAAUGCGCGCCCAGUCUGGGUGGCAGGUCAUGCGCGGACUACAAGCCUUCGCCCAUGAGUCCGAGUUUGAUGAGCGUCUACGUGUCGCGCCAUGCUCACCGCGUUCCGCGAGCCGCUCUGCUGAGGAUGGGAGUCUUUGCCAACAGUAGCAGCGCCAAGUCUAACCAGUCUCACCGAGGUCCUCUGAAUAAGCGAGUUUGAGAAAGCCGUCACCACGGGAGACCAUCAUGACAGUCGACUUUAAUGAGCGCGAGCGUGUCGGUCUCGCUGGGUAAUUUACUGCUUUGUCGCUUUUCAUUCUGGAUUUGGGCAUUUCUCGAGCGAUGCUUGCUUGUUUUGAAUUUUACAAAAAAUUACAUUAAAAAAACUGUUCGUUGAAAUAGGCGCUAAGCCUUAGUUUGCUGCGUCAUGAAACAGGAAGCGGUGACAUUUCCUGUGAACAAAUGAGGUGUCAACGGGUGGCGUGUGAAGCCAUAUGUGGCACGAAAUGUUCUUAAGUUCGUAGGAUGGAAUGAAUACAAAGACGGUGUUAUUUAUUUUUUUCUUCUUCCAUAUUUAUUUUAAAACACAUCACGCGCUUCGUUGUCGCGUCACUUUCACGUUCACCAGCGAGUGCGUGCUUAACAAAAGGUCCGUUACAUGAAGAUUACAAAAAUAUAACACGCAGGAAGACUUACAAAGAGAGAAAAAAAAAUAAAAAUUAAAAUUAAAAUAAAAAAAAAAAUCAGCGAAAGGAAAAGAUGCACUUGAAAGCCAUGAGGUCAUUUGCAUCAACCUGGCAAAAAGACACAGACAAACAGGACGAUGACACUAUGAAAACUAUUUGGAACGAGACAAACAAAACCUUUCAUGUCGUGUUUAAAAAAAGGAAACGUGGAUGCUGAACCUUUAAGGCUUUUAUUGUAUUAUUUUCCAACGACCCUUAUAUUCUCACCUCUGUAUCCACCCGCGAGUGGUCCGGUUCCUGCACCGUACUUGGCCGCUUUUGCUCCUGUGGAAAAAGAAGUAGUAAAAAAAAAAAAAUCUGUGUCAUUUUGAAGCCUGAUUUCACAUACUUAGCGAAUUUUAUUUUUAUUUUUCUUUAAUCCACACAUUCAUCGAAGGAGGAAAUCUGACCGGUGUCUCGCUUACCCAACGCGUCCUGACCUGGGCCUAGCUGCUGCGGUACGUAGCCUGAGUAAACGCACACAAAACACUCAAUGGCCACGAUGUACAACAAAUAAACACACCGCAUACUUCGAAUUCCUCCCACGUGUCCAUACACUUGAUCAACUGCGAGCGUAGCUAAAGAGAACAAUGACAAGAGGACAGUGGGGAAGGUCACCUGUUUGUGGAGCUCCAUAGGCGGAACCUGAAAGCACACGUAAUCUAAUGAACGCUCUUCAAAAACAACCAUUUCCUGCUGACCUGAAACGUUGCGCUACUUUAAACGAGACAAAGGAUACUUUUCCCCCCACAAUUAAAAAAAAAGAAUAAUGUUAAUAUGCAAGUAGUUGAUGCUCCCUCCUAAAACGUUUUAGAAUUGCCUUUAAAUGCCACGAGAUGGCAGUCAACCACUACGAAUGAAGCUCCUCAACUCACGUGAACAAAGUUUCCUUGGCUCCUUGACUGCGUUAAUGUUACCGUGUCUUGGCAAAUGUGUUCGGUCCAUUUCAGUUGUAUUUAACUUUGAAAUACCACCCAUUUGCAGGUCAUCUUUGACAACUGUUUGUUUGAAAACCUUGAAGUAAAAUUCUGAUUUAACGUUUAA